UCACCACCUCGGCCCGGAUCCGCCACUCCAGCCCCUUCUGGGCCGGCUUCUCGGUGCUGCUGUCUGGUCUCAUUGGAGUGGUCUCCUGGAAAAGGCCUCUGUCCCUUGUGGAUAAUAUGAAGUUGAAAUUUUGGAAACUAAACUUCCCUGUAAAACAUAUACAUCUUACCCAUAUAACCUUUUUCACGCUGCUCUCCGCAGUGUGUGUCAUGCUGAAUUUGGCGGGGUCCGUUCUUUCCUGUCAGAAUGCGCAGCUAGUCAACUCCCUCAAGGUCUGCCAGCUGGACCUCCUCUUCAGCGUGUGCGCCCUCAACGUCCUGUCCACCAUUGUCUGUGCGUUGGCCACGGCCAUGUGCUGCAUGCAGAUGGUUUCCUCUGAUGCCCUGCAGAUGUUCCUCUCACAGAGGUCCCAUCCUGCCAACACCUCCUGCGUGCCUCCACAUGGCACCAUUCUUCACCAGAUGGUGGACUUUGACGACUUCAUCCCUCCCAUCCCACCACCACCUUACUACCCGCCAGAAUAUACCUGCACACCCACCACCGAGGUCCACAGGGACCUGCACCUGGACUUUGCUUCUUCUCCCUUCAGCGCCUUGUAUGCUGUCACCAUCAACAGCCCUGGCCUGCUCUAUCCUGCUGAGCUCCCUCCACCCUAUGAGGCUGUGGUGGGCCAGAGCCUGGCUAAUCAGGUCACAUGUAUCGAUCAACAAGUGACGGAGCCCAGUUCUGGAGACCCAAAUAUCACAACUGAGUUCAGCACACAAGUGCCAUUGGAUCGAGAGAACGUCCGUGUUGUGGAGAGAGCUGCUGCCCUAGGCUUGAGCUUUUGUUCCUUGGAUGGCCCUGGGGCCUCACAUUCCCAACUGUCAUCCCAGGUGCCCUGCCACCACUGGAGCCAUGUGUCCCUGAAGGAGGGUGCACAGACUCGAGUGGGUCCUCAGCGAAUGGCCCACUCUGUUAGUGACCCUGCCACAUGCUUGUCUGGAGUAGCAGGUGACGCCUCCCCACACACCCCUUGGUGCAUUCAAGAUCUGGACGCAGGCACGCCCCAGUCUUCUCAAGGCGCUGUUCACUCCACUCACUCUGCCGAGGCUGCCUGUUCUUGCCAGCAUCGUCUUGAUCCCCCAGGAGAACAACGCGGUGCCUGGACAACUCGCCAGCAGUUCAAGGCCGAGGCCUCCCAGCUCCUCCCCAAGCAGCAGCCUCACUCUCUGGCAGACAGCCAGGCCUACGUGGACACCCGGGUCCUGGUGACCAAGUUCCUAGAGCACACGCAUGGUGCUCUCCCGGCAGAGGUGCGGCAUGUGGCAUGUGCCAUCCAAACAGUGGUUGCUUCUGACGAGUGCCACACAGAUGAACCCAUCCUCAAUGCCAACGUUCUGGAUCAAGCGUGAAGGACCCUGGAGCCUGCACACCAACAUGGGCACACCUAGUGCCACAUGUGUUCAUGUUGCAAGCUGCAGAGUUGACAGAGAACAAGGGGCCCAUGAGCACCACCAAGCAGCCUGGACAUGGGGCUCUUGUGCCCUCUCUUGAGGUGGACUGCUCCACUGUUUUCUCAUUGACUACAUUUUCUACCUGUUCCAGAAGAUAAGAAAUGUAACUUGCCAUCAAGUUGAUGGGGACUCACGGUGCCCCUCGGUGUGCAGAAUAAAACGACGCCCGUGGGCGUUCCAGGGUGUCACCUUGCAGAAGCAGAUUGCCAGCUUUGUUUACCUUCAAGGCACUUCUGGUUGCUUCAAACCUUCAACCUUUUGGUUAGUAACUAAGUGCCCCAAUCAGUGCGUGGAGUCUGACAUCAUGAGACUAUCUCCUUAUGUGUUUCAUCGCUCUAUAAUUAAAUUUUUAUCAUGGUCUAAUUUUAAAGAAGGCCAUUCUAACAGAGGUGGUCGCCUGGGCCCAGCUUGGUGCUCUCAGGGCUGUUGUAUCAAGCAGUGUACAACCUUGACCCCUAGGUAGUGCACUUGACCCCUAGGUAGCCUGAAGCCCCGCAGGAAGCAGAGGAGUGUGCCAAGGGGCUUUGACAAACCUCCGACCUUCACCACUUUUGCUCUGGGGUCUCUUCUGCCUCUCCUUCGCAACUUUUAACUAAUUUGGGGGUUCUGGGGGAGAGACCUGGUGGUGCAGAGGGUUAAAUGUUGGGCUGCUAUCCAAACAGUUGAUGGCUUGAACCCCCCCUCACUCCUCUGGAGAAAGACGAGGCUUUGCAAAGAAGUUGACAGCCUCAAAAAGCAUGGGGAGAGUUCUAGUUUGUGUAGGAUUGCUAUACUCUACAGCUUUGUCUAGGUUUGCCAGCAGGCCUGUGGGUUUUGGGAGUGGGGAACAAAAUUCCAUCGUUAUUAUUUUUUUCCAUAUCAUAAGCACCUACUCUAACCCACUGGUAAUUUGGGAGUUUCCCUGGUCCCUAGCCUAUGACCAAUUAGCAAUGGAGAAGGUUAAUAUCUAGGGAAACAAGGCCAUUUUUCUAGGACAGGUGACUUACUGAAAACAAUUCUCAGAUGACCCAGUGCAGCCUCUCCACAUCUAUGACAGCAACAAAUUUGUCUGCAUUGGAGGAUAUAAGUUUUAAUCAUUUAUUUUUGUAAAAACAGCCAGUGUGGUAGUGAUAGAGGAGUAGCCAUUCCAGUCCCCUCUGAGAUGGCCCCUUAUGUUCUGGAAAUGUCAGCAACAUCCCUAAGAGCUCCCGACAGUGAUAGGGAUGGGUGUGUGUCGGAUCUGUCAAACAGGAACCAGCAGCACAGAGGAUGAGGGGGUCCUGGAGCUGGGCUCAAAUCUCCUACAUGUACAAAGCCACCCAGGCCUACCAGGGUGCCUCUGGGAGAUCAAAGCCCCACUGGGAGUGCAGGUGGAGGGCCAGGUGAAUACCCACACUUCCCAGCUGUCCAGCCAGCCUAGCAGCUGCACCUGCUCAGCCUUCCCUGUGCUCUGGGCAACCUGUGCUUGUCCUCAUGUCCAUCCUCCGCCUCCAGCCCCCUUUAGCUAACAUGUAGUGCUGUGAUCCUCUGGUUAGAAACUGGGAGCCUUCCUCCAACCCGGGAUUGGUGGGAAGGAGCUGAGGUGUGAGGUGUGGGAGUGUGGCCAGUGUAUAACCAGAGAUUUUAACACCAGUAGAAAUCAAGUCUUUUGACCAAAGUAGAACUUUACCAUUAAGAUAUCCUAGAGAUGAGUAUUAUAUGAUGAAUGUAUGCAGAUUAUUAAAAAGGAAACCCAUUUUCUAAUUGUUCUCAACAGAGUUUUGAAUAUCCUGAAAAACAAAGUCCCUGUGCAGGUAAAGUCAGAGUAACGAGCCCCCUGUGCCACCCUAAGCUCACAAGCAAACUUGGAUUUUGAGAACUGCAUGUUCAGCCUCGUGGGGCUCUGUAUCCUUUCUGAGUCUCUGGGCCGGAUUCUUCCUAUUUGGAGGCUGGCUGAGCCCCUGGGGAUUGAACCUGGAGUUCUCAGACCUGGCUGCACUUUGUUGACUCAACCCCCAGGGUUUAUCCUAUGGCCCGGGUGGCAGGCCUCCAGGGUCUCAGCCUGGCCUUCUGUUCCCAGCUUGUGCUUUGUCGUUCGCACAAGCACAUGGUGGAGAUGUGCUCGGUCACUUGCGUAACAUCUCUGGUUCUCUGCUUCCUCCAGCCCCCUCACAUCCAUUUGCGUAUCUGUUUUCAUGGCUAUUCCACCUUACAAAUGAGGAACCUACCUGGUUGUCAUCUGCUGGGUUGUAACUUGGCCUUCUUCUCAGGGUUUGGGGGCCACAUGAGCCCCAGGCUCUAGGUUGACAGAAAUAUUUCAGAAGAGAGAGCGGUGAAGAUGAUGAUCACCAGGGAAUGACUGCCUAUCUCACCCUCCAACCUGGUGCCCCAGCCUUCUCAGAGGUACCUUAAAACCUCAGGAGCAACAACCAGAGCCCGGUCUCCAUCCCCCAUGUCCAGUGCAAACAGCUCAGUGCUGCUAAUGUCCACUUCUGCCGACCCAGAGGCCUAUUCUCCUCUCCGUGUUUUAGUAUCUGCAACGGCCUGUCUGCAGGCACAGUUCUCUUUCCAUCAUUGGCUGUCCCUCCCCACAGCGGCACGGAGGCCUUCACCGUUCCAGGCAGAAGCCCUCCCUAGGAAGCAGUGGUACAAGGACCUCUAUCUGAAGAAUGGACCCCUUCCAGACCAUUGUCUGAUCCCAGCUUGGGAGCUGUGGAGUGUGGCUAAUGAGGUGAGGAGACGUAUUGCUCAUAAGGGUAUAGGUCUUCAUUUAGUCUGAAGACUAUACAAAUGAAAUGCUUCUAACAAAUCGCUUAAAAGCUCAUUUCGUGUGUGUUUGUUUCCCCUCCCUCAACUGUAGUGAUUCAAAAGCAAAAUUUAUAGGAAAUUGUUUUCAAGUCACAGGCUUGUUUGUACAACUUGAAGGUUAUAUUUAUUUAAUGCCUCAAAUUGUUUUAAGCAGUGGUGUUUUAAUAAAAGGUAUUUCUGUC